AUGUCGACCCUCCUCGCCUCGGACGACGUUGGCCCGUCGAUGUUGUCCAUCCCCGCCUUCCUCUCUCCCGCAGAGUGCGCCGCGUGGGUCAGCUGGGGCGAGACGUCUGGUUUUGAGCAGGAGAAGCACGCCCAGACGCGCUGGAUCGCUCACCGCGACAAUGGCCGGCUGGCAGUGCAGAGCGAGUCCAUCGCAGCCGCGCUGUGGUCGCGCCUUGCGCCGCUCAUGCCCGCCGAAUCGACAAGGCGCGGCGCGGUGGCGUGUGGCUGCAAUCCAAACAUCCGCCUGUAUCGCUACACGCCUGGUCAGCGCUUUGGACAGCACGUCGACCAGUCCAACGCGCUGCCGGGCGGUGAGCAGACGGAGUGGACUAUGCUCGUCUACUUGAGUGGCGGGCCUGGACAGGAGGUGGUGGGCGGCGAGACCGCCUUCUACGACGGCGGCCGCCGCUCGGUCGUCGUCGAUCCGCUCGCGGGCUCAGCCCUGCUGCACGCACACGGCGAGCGCUGCCUGACCCACGAGGCACUGGAGGUGCGGCGUGGCGUCAAGUACGUGCUCCGCUCCGACGUCGUCUUUGCGCCCUCGUCGGCAAGCCCAAACGCGGGCGCAGGGGCGGAGAAGGGGCGGGGAGGCCGGCGGGCAAAGCGCAGACCGCAGUAG